GUCUUCGCUGGGGCCGGUCGGUCGUUUGCCCCGGGCUCCGUGGCUGGAUUGUGGAAACUGCACCCGGCUGCAGGUUGUUGAGCAACUGAUGGGACGAUCUCAGGAGCCGGCGGUUGCGAAAGAAAUGUUCAAAUGUUCUGUAAAUUGGAGGAAGAAAACAUGGAUAUUUAGCUACUGAAAACCCCAUUAAGGAUUCGGAUUUGGGAUAUUGGUGUUUCUGUUUUUGAGGAAUAUUUCUUUUUUUGGGGUUUUAAUUUUUUUUAAAUCAUCGGUCUUGCAAUACAGAAGAGGAACCCGAAACACUCCUUUGUUACACAUUUCCAACACUCUUGAGGCACUUUCACGCUCAACCACACAACCAUGUGGCUGUCACAGCUACUUGUCUUCAUGAUGCUCUCAGCACCAAUAGUUCACGGUGCCAAGCACAAUGAGCGACAUCCAGCCCUCGCUGUUCCCCUGCGACAUGCUGAGCGCAGCCCCAGCGGUGCGCUACCACCCAGACAUCUCCUUCAGCAGCCAGCCGCAGAGCGCGCCACUGCUCAUCGUGGACAAGGGCCCCGUGGAGCUACCAGAGGAGUUCGUGGUCCAGGUGCCCAAGGAGCCCAGAUCCCAGCCCAAGCUUUCAGCCGCGCCCCAAUACCGAUGGCUGUGGUCCGAAGAGAGCUCUCCUGUGAGAGCUACCCCAUAGAGCUGCGCUGCCCAGGAACAGAUGUCAUCAUGAUUGAAAGUGCCAACUAUGGGAGGACUGAUGACAAAAUCUGUGACUCUGACCCUGCUCAGAUGGAGAAUAUACGAUGCUAUCUGCCUGAUGCCUAUAAGAUUAUGUCUCAAAGGUGCAAUAACAGAACGCAGUGUGCGGUCGUGGCAGGUCCCGAUGUAUUUCCAGACCCGUGUCCAGGAACCUAUAAAUACCUUGAAGUGCAGUAUGAAUGUGUCCCUUACAAAGUGGAACAAAAAGUUUUUCUUUGUCCUGGACUACUAAAAGGAGUUUACCAGAGUGAACAUUUGUUUGAGUCUGACCACCAGUCUGGGGCGUGGUGCAAAGAUCCUCUGCAGGCUUCCGACAAGAUUUAUUACAUGCCCUGGACACCAUACAGAACUGAUACCCUAACUGAGUACUCAUCCAAGGAUGACUUCAUUGCUGGAAGGCCAACUACAACCUACAAGCUCCCUCACAGGGUGGAUGGCACUGGAUUUGUAGUGUAUGAUGGAGCUCUGUUCUUCAACAAAGAGCGUACCAGGAACAUAGUAAAGUUUGAUUUGCGGACUAGGAUAAAGAGUGGAGAGGCUAUCAUAGCAAAUGCCAAUUACCAUGAUACCUCCCCUUAUCGGUGGGGAGGCAAAUCUGACAUAGACCUGGCAGUGGAUGAGAAUGGGCUGUGGGUCAUCUAUGCAACAGAACAAAACAAUGGUAAAAUUGUCAUUAGUCAAUUGAAUCCUUACACCCUACGGAUUGAGGGAACAUGGGAUACUGCGUAUGAUAAAAGAUCAGCUUCCAACGCAUUUAUGAUUUGUGGGAUUCUGUAUGUGGUCAAAUCUGUAUAUGAGGAUGAUGACAACGAGGCCACAGGGAAUAAGAUUGACUACAUUUAUAACACCGACCAAAGUAAGGACAGUGUGGUGGAUGUACCCUUUCCCAAUUCAUACCAAUACAUAGCAGCUGUGGAUUACAACCCCAGGGACAACCUGCUUUAUGUAUGGAAUAACUAUCACGUCGUGAAAUAUUCUUUGGAUUUUGGACCUCUGGAUAGUAGAUCAGGACAGGCACAUCAUGGGCAGGUGUCUUACAUCUCUCCACCAGUUCACCUCGACUCUGAGCUAGAAAGACCCCCUGUUAGAGGAAUUUCUACUACAGGACCACUUGGCAUGGGAAGCACCACCACCAGUACCACCCUUCGGACCACAACUUGGAGCUCAGGCAGGAGUACCACCCCGUCGAUGUCAGGAAGAAGAAACCGGAGCACCAGCACCCCAUCUCCAGCUGUUGAAGUGCUUGAAGACAUUAUCACACACCUUCCAUCAGCAUCAUCCCAAAUUCCAGCUCAGGAAGAGAGCUGUGAGGCUGUGGAAGCCCGAGAAAUCAUGUGGUUUAAGACCCGCCAAGGACAGAUGGCAAAGCAGCCAUGUCCUGCAGGAACUAUAGGAGUAUCAACUUAUCUGUGCCUGGCUCCUGACGGAAUCUGGGACCCCCAAGGACCAGAUCUGAGCAACUGUUCUUCUCCCUGGGUCAACCAUAUCACACAGAAGUUGAAAUCUGGAGAGACAGCUGCCAACAUUGCUAGAGAGCUGGCUGAACAAACAAGGAAUCAUCUGAAUGCUGGAGACAUCACCUACUCCGUCCGUGCCAUGGAUCAGCUGGUAGGCCUCCUGGAUGUCCAACUCCGGAACUUGACCCCAGGUGGAAAAGACAGUGCUGCACGCAGCUUGAACAAGCUUCAGAAAAGAGAGCGCUCUUGCAGAGCCUAUGUCCAGGCAAUGGUCGAGACAGUUAACAACCUCCUCCAGCCACAAGCCUUGAAUGCGUGGAGAGACCUGACUACAAGCGAUCAACUCCGUGCAGCCACCAUGUUGCUGGACACUGUGGAGGAAAGCGCCUUUGUGCUGGCUGAUAACCUUCUGAAGACUGACAUUGUCAGGGAGAACACAGACAAUAUUCAGUUGGAAGUUGCAAGGCUGAGCACAGAAGGGAACUUAGAAGACUUAAAAUUUCCAGAAACCAUGGCUCAUGGAAGCACUAUACAGCUUUCUGCAAAUACGUUAAAGCAAAAUGGGCGAAAUGGAGAGAUCAGAGUGGCCUUUGUUCUGUAUAACAACUUGGGUCCUUAUUUGUCCACGGAGAAUGCCAGCAUGAAGUUGGGAACAGAAGCUAUGUCCACCAACCAUUCUGUUAUUGUCAACUCCCCUGUUAUCACAGCAGCAAUAAACAAGGAAUUCAGUAAUAAAGUUUAUUUGGCUGAUCCUGUGGUGUUCACGGUUAAACACAUUAAGCAGUCCGAGGAAAAUUUCAACCCAAACUGCUCAUUUUGGAGCUACUCCAAACGCACAAUGACAGGUUAUUGGUCAACCCAAGGCUGUCGGCUUCUGACAACAAAUAAGACACAUACUACAUGCUCUUGUAACCACCUAACCAAUUUUGCAGUACUGAUGGCACAUGUGGAAGUUAAGCACAGUGAUGCAGUCCAUGACCUUCUUCUGGAUGUGAUCACAUGGGUUGGAAUUUUGCUGUCCCUUGUUUGUCUCCUGAUUUGCAUCUUCACAUUUUGCUUUUUCCGCGGGCUCCAAAGUGACCGUAACACCAUCCACAAGAACCUCUGCAUCAGCCUGUUUGUAGCAGAACUGCUUUUCCUGAUUGGGAUCAACCGAACUGACCAACCAAUCGCCUGUGCAGUCUUUGCUGCUCUCCUCCAUUUCUUCUUCCUGGCCGCCUUCACCUGGAUGUUCCUAGAGGGCGUGCAGCUCUACAUCAUGCUGGUGGAGGUGUUUGAGAGUGAACAUUCACGCAGGAAAUACUUUUACCUGGUCGGCUACGGGAUGCCGGCGCUCAUUGUGGCGGUGUCAGCUGCAGUAGAUUACAGGAGCUACGGAACAGAUAAAGUAUGUUGGCUCCGACUUGACACCUACUUCAUUUGGAGUUUUAUAGGACCAGCGACCUUGAUAAUUAUGCUUAAUGUAAUCUUCCUUGGGAUUGCUUUGUAUAAAAUGUUUCAUCAUACUGCCAUUCUGAAACCUGAAUCGGGCUGUCUUGAUAAUAUCAACUAUGAGGAUAACAGACCCUUCAUCAAGUCAUGGGUUAUAGGUGCAAUAGCUCUUCUCUGCCUGUUAGGAUUGACCUGGGCCUUUGGACUCAUGUAUAUUAAUGAAAGCACAGUCAUCAUGGCAUAUCUCUUCACCAUUUUCAAUUCUCUACAGGGAAUGUUUAUAUUCAUAUUCCAUUGUGUUCUACAAAAGAAGGUAAGGAAAGAGUACGGGAAGUGCCUGCGGACGCAUUGUUGUAGCGGCAAAAGUACAGAGAGUUCCAUCGGCUCAGGGAAAACAUCUGGUUCUCGGACUCCUGGGCGCUACUCUACAGGCUCACAGAGCCGGAUCCGCAGAAUGUGGAAUGACACGGUCCGAAAGCAGUCAGAGUCUUCCUUCAUCACUGGGGAUAUAAACAGUUCAGCAUCACUCAACAGAGGAGCCAUGGCUAAUCAUCUUAUAAGCAAUGCUCUGCUUCGUCCGCAUGGUACUAACAAUCCCUAUAAUACAUUGCUUGGGGAACCGGCGGUCUGUAACAACCCUUCUGUCAGCAUGUACAACGCACAAGAGGGGCUUCUGAACAAUGCCAGGGAUACAAGUGUCAUGGAUACUCUACCACUGAAUGGUAACCAUGGCAAUAGUUACAGCAUUGCCAGCGGCGAAUACCUGAGCAACUGUGUGCAAAUCAUAGACCGAGGCUAUAACCAUAACGAGACCGCCUUAGAAAAAAAGAUUCUGAAGGAACUCACUUCCAACUAUAUACCUUCCUACCUGAACAACCACGAGCGCUCCUGCGAACAGAAUAGGAAUCUGAUGAACAAGCUGGUGAAUAACCUCGGCAGUGGGAGUGAAGAUGAUACCAUUGUCCUGGAUGAUGCCACUUCCUUUAGCCACGAGGAGAGUUUGGGUCUGGAACUCAUUCAUGAGGAAUCUGAUGCUCCCUUACUGCCCCCAAGAAUUUACUCCACAGAGAACCACCAGCCACACCAUUACACCAGAAGGCGGAUCCCCCAAGACCACAGUGAAAGUUUUUUUCCUUUGCUAACCAACGAGCACACAGAAGAUCUCCAGUCACCCCAUAGGGACUCUCGCUACACUAGCAUGCCGGCACUGGCUGGUGUGCCUGCCGCAGAGAGUGUUACCACCAGCACCCAGACCGAACCCCCACCGGCCAAAUGUGGUGAUGCCGAAGAUGUUUACUACAAAAGCAUGCCAAACCUAGGCUCCAGAAACCACAUCCAUCAGCUGCACACCUACUACCAGCUAGGUCGCGGUAGCAGCGAUGGAUUUAUAGUUCCUCCAAACAAAGAUGGAACCCCUCCAGAGGGAAGUUCAAAAGGACCUGCUCAUUUGGUCACAAGUCUAUAGAAGAUGAAAGAGAAAUGUAAAUCGACAAAACUGCUAACACCUGGUUGACUGUUCUGAGUUGCUAUAAGCAGUGGUAAUAAUAUGUGUACUCCUAAAUCUUUAUGCUGUUCUUGAAUGACAAACACAAACUCUCAGACUUCUUUUUUUUUUUUUUUCAACUGGGAUUUUUAGGUCAGCCCAGGGGAGAAAGAUAACUGCUGAAAUUCCCCUGCACCCUAUCCUUUCCUGUCCUUUCCCCCCUCAGAUGGAGACUUCAUUAUGUUAAUGAACGAGAUAUGAAGAAAAUGGCGCUCAUUGUGGCCUUGUUGAAUUAUGUUGUGUUUGUUCUAACAUCUCUGAUGCUCUGUUACUAUAAUUACAAGGACCUGAUUUUUAAAAGGCCAGAAGAGUUGUUGGAAAAUAGUAACAAUGCUGCAUCUAGAUUGGAGUGCUGCACAAACAAACAUAAAAGCAAAGCAAAACUGUAUCACAUAGUGGUUUUUAGUCACUUUCAACCUGAAUUCAUCACAGUGGUAAUAGCUGUGGUCUACAAAAUAAAACAACAAAAUUAAUAACAAAAUGGAAGGGAAUUCUAGGAUGAUAUGCUAAAUGCAUAUUUAAUGAUUUGCUGUAUUAACUGAUGAUAAAACUAAUGGCAGAAAAAAAAUGAACAAUUUCUAUGUAAUGUACAGAUACUAGCAUUGCACAUAUAGUCUGCUUUCUGUUCCUCCAGAAUUUGAGUCCUGUUAAUGUAGUGCAAAAAAAAAAAAAAAGAGAGAAAUUUUUUUUCUUUUGUGCUGGUCUUGCAAGUUUGUCUACCAGUAAGAGAGCAAAGUUUUCUCCUUUUUUUUGAUUUCUUUCUUUCUUCACUUUUCCUUUCUUUUUAUUUUUUUAUUUUUUGCUUAUUUCUUUAAAAUGUCACCUGGCAAAAAAUAAGUAAAUAAAUAAAUAAAUAAAUGAUAAAUAAAUAAAUAAAUAAAACUAUCACUUUAUAAGAAUCAUUUUCUAGUAAUGCAAACAAAUUAUUUUUUACAAAAAAUAAAAUAAAUAAAAUUAGAUUUACUUCCCUCACUAUAUAUCUUUAUUCAGUCAGAAUAUUUCCAAGAGCAUUUUUGCAAAUUAGAGCAGGACGAACUUUUAUGUUUACAGUGCACAUCUGUUGUAAUGGAAGUUAUUCGGCAAGCAAUUCAUCCACCAAGAUGGUAGCUAUGGUUCUAGAAGUCAAGAGGUGUCAAUAGAACUAGUGGGGCUCUGCAUGUGAAAAAAAAAAUGGUAUCCUAUAGGCAUUAAAGUGCUGAAUGUUCAGUCUGAACCCAAGUGGGUACCUGCACUACCACUUUUUAAAGGAAAUUCACUCCCGUGUAGUAAGAAUCAAGGUCAAGUUAUUUUGAAGUGAUUUUUGGGGGGAAAAACCUCUUCUGUUUAUUAACAGGAAAAUUUAUUUAUUUGACAGGAUUUUAAGUAAUGUAGGAAUACAAGAGGUAAAUUAGCAGCACAUAUAAUUUUUUUUAAAUUUAUGAUCCAUUUUGUAUGGUCUCAGAGUUGGAUGACCUCAUUACUAAUAUUUGUUGUAAAAGUGAAACUUGUUUGCCAACCAAUAAACAACUGAUUGAGAUUUAGUAGACAUUGUAUUGAUGUAUGUACUAUAUGAUUAAUUAUUCUUUUUAUUUUUCUCAACCUUUCUUUCCUUCUGUUUUCAGUAUAUAAAUUUACUUAAUCUUCUAUGGCCCAAAUGAGGCAUGAAAAAGAAAUCAAUCUGCUUAAAUGAAUAACCUAAGCACAAAAUUAUACAGUUUUUGUAGACAGACUGAACCAGAAAAAAUGGGAUGGGCAUGUUUAUGUUGGCUGAAAUAAGAUCCAUAAUUUACUUAUGAGCAGGUUAAUUUAUAGGUUAUCAUGUGCUUAUUUAUAAACCAGAUACAGUCUCCAUGUGCUUAUUAUAAAAACCACUUUCAAUCAGAGAUUUAAGUAUUAAAUUGGGGGGAGUGGAGGUAGAUCAUACUUUUUCCUCCCUUGUAAACUCCAUUUUCAUGUUAGAAAUUGAAAUUCACACAAUUGGCAAAAUGUUGUAAGAAAAAGAACAAAGAGAAUAUCCAUUUUAUAAAGAUAGUAUGGCAUUUUAAUGCUAUUUUUUUAAUGUACAUAUAAGGAGAAAAUUGAAAGAAAAAUGUCCUCCCUUUCAGAUAAACGUUCUAGAUCUCAUUACUGAAGAUCAUUUAUCAGCAGUGUCCAAGCAUGGAGCCUCGCCUAGGGCAAAGCUAGAACGAAUUUGCCAAGUUAUAAUUUCUCUUGCAGUAUGUAAUAUCUUGGUGAUUUCCUUUUCUUUUUCUUUUACAUUCCUCAGAAAUCUAAACACCAUCCACCUAUAAGUUAAUUUCUUAAAUUAAGAUGGGAAGGAGUAGUUUAGAGACUAGCCAAUUAUAUAUAUAGUUUAAAAUACAUAACAAAAGACAACAUUUUGUGCUGGGUCAGAGUGCAUCACAACCUUAUUGUCAACUCAAAAUACCUGAUGCAUCAUUAUUUUUUCAUCCCUUGACAUGAGUAUUUUUUGUCUACAGAUUUUCUUUAAAAUGUAAAGUUUAGGAGAACCACAAACUUUAGCAGAUAUUAGAUUUCUCAUGCCACACUAUGGCAAUAUUAGCACCUGAAAGAUGGUUAGCUUGUCUGGAACAGAGAAUCCAUUUGGCAAUGAAAGAACCCUUUUUAGACAUACUGAAGAUAACUUCAGAAAACAGCAGUGCGGUCUGUGGGUGUUGAGUACCUAAGCUUGUUUUGCCAGUCCAGCAGUAAUCUCUGUCAGUAAAAAAGCUAGUUUCACAGCUCAGUGAGGAAACUACCUCAAUUCAGUUUGCUGAUGCUGCCAAUUCUGAUUUUCUGAUAUUGCUACCUCCAUGCCCACUAUCUUUUUUGUUUCAUUAUAUGGAAAUUUGAAGCAGGUAGCCUCCCCAGCUCUCCAUAGACCAAGUAGAAAAAUCUCUUGAACACAUACACUGGUGCAGAAGGCCUUUCAGUACUGUCAGUUACAACCAAGACCUUAAAAUGAAAGGGUAAGGUUUUGGAACUCUCAUACAUUAUAACUGGUGUGCUUUCUGAGAGACUUAAGAUCCCAAGGCUUUCACAAGAAAAGAUUGUUCCCCCAAGUUUUAGGCAACGAUAAGGAAAACAAACAGUGGAUAAAGGAGUUAACUAUAUCCAUUUCAACAGAAAUUUGUGUAUAUCUAUAAUAUAUUCAUUCAGUCCUCUUUGCACUAGCAAGGGUUGAAUUCCUGAACUUGAAUCUUUUUUUACAUGCAUUUUCAUAUGUAACUAUUGAUAAAUUCAUAAUUUUGAAAGAUGUCUUGUUAUUAUUACUACAUUUGGUUGACUCUUAUUUUUAAUACCCUGUGAUGUUCAUGACCUCAUCUGCGUAUUUCUAAUGUGUGUAUCUGAUUUUCCAUUAAGAAGUAAAUUUGCAUAAACAGAUAUACACAUUAUCUGAGAGCUGUAAAACUGAUGUCAAUGAAACAAACCAAUUAUUACUUCUUAGUGAAAUAAUGUUUUUAUAACAUUUUACACUUGAAUUUUUUUCUCUCUAAGGUCUAUUUCACAUGAAAAUUUAUCAGGGCACGGACUGACUGCAUGUUUAGUUGAUUCAAAAACUGUUGAAAUAUUGCACAGCUCAUGUUCCUAAUUGAUAAUAUUUAUAGAGAAAUCUAAAUUUUGUGAAGGAGAAAGUGGUUGGAAAUCCAAUUACAUUUUUUAUCAUCUCUCUUUGUUUCCACAUUAUUAAAGUUUAAAACACUAUAGUAGAACAAUAAAUUGUUAUACUAAAAUAAUGAUAAUGCCAAAAUUCUGGCGUAAGAAUAAUUAUAUUGAAGUAAAUAUAAUCAGUAAAAUUAAUCAAAUGCAAGUAAUGAAAAUACUCUUAACUUCCUGUUAAAAAAAAACCAUUCACGUUGAUGCUAAAUUAAAAUAUAUUUUAUGACCUGUAUUUUUAAAGACCUAGUAAUCUAAAAAUGUUGACAUAUUGAACAUUUUUUAAAAUUUAGUGUUUUUUUAUUUUUUAAUAUUAAUGGAUGUGAUGAGACUUUUCAUAAUAAUGGAGAUAAGCAUAUAUAUAAAUUAGUAAUAUUUAUAACAAACCCAUAGACUUAAUUUUGGGCAAUGAUUUUGGGCCUUUUCCCCACAUAUGUUCAAACCUUUUGACUGGUUUGCUCACUUUAAAAUACGAUAUUAAAAACUUUAAAGAUUGA